UUUUUAUCCUGAGCCAAACCUAGUGCGUAAGUGCCUGCACGAGACCCAUAACAUCUGCCAGGCUGAAUCUGAAAUUUAUUAUGUUAGGGGGUCCAAGGAUUGUUUAGUCGCGUUAUUUUUAAGGCAAGCCGAGCACGUACAAACCUAUUGCCAGAGAAGGGUCAAGAUAUGUGCUAACCCUAAGCAUCUAAUUACGUAUAUUGGUAAUGGUCACUGGCUUUUGUCACCGGCGAAGCCGUUUCGGUUAACAGUGUCAUGUCAGACUACCAGUGAUCAGGCGCCCACGAUUACGGACAUUCAGAUAUCAUCACGUCAGCUGGUAUCGCUGCAAUCGGGUUGUAGUGCUCAUUCGGCUGAUCUUACCCUACCCACAUUUUAUUUUCAUGAGUCAUCGGUGAAUCUCACGAGAUCGUUAGUCAAUAUGUUGCCCAAGUCGUUGCAGACACCUACAAUAUGGGCAGAUUUGGCUCAACUGGCGGUGAAAAGGGGUAAUGCCACCGAUCUCAUUCCGCAAAAUAUAGUACCUCCUAAGCUGUAUGAAUCGAAGGAUUUAGACUUAGCCUAUGAUCACCUUAAGGAUGCCAUAGUUAAUAGCAGACGGCUGCUAGAUGCGAAUGAAGCGGCUCAAAACAAUUUUCAGAGCACCCACGUACAAUGGCAUGAAAUAGUUAUUUACGUGGCCAUUGCUGGUAUAGCAAUUAUCGUAUUAUAUUGUUGCUGCGCGCCACCACAUCUUCGGCCACGCCUAUGUCAGUCAUUCACUACACCUGGUACCACGGCUACUCAUACCAUUCUCCAACCCACGGUGCAACCCCUCUUGCAACCCGUCAAUGCAACCGCGCCUUUCGUACCGCAGCAUUUGUAUCCGGCAUUGCACAACGAAGAGAGGGAGACUGAGAUGCUCCACAGAGUUCGAGAGCAUCCGCUAGAGAGGGUGCAGGCGAAGGAGGAGGUAGAGAUGAAAACACUGCCUCGGUCAAAGUAUAGUACUAAGAAAUAUGCGGACUAGACUAAGAAUGCUCCGUAGAUUCUAAGGAUAUCGAUGCACAGGCGACGUAGUGUUGUCACCAUGUACCUAACAAAACAUGUAUGUGUAUAAUUAGGAGUUAACGUCACUAUAUGUUCAGGAGUUAAAAUGCACUGUGUUGGCACGAAAGCACGUAACCGAUAUUACUGGUGCACAGUUACGCGGUCGACGUCACGUAUGUAUAGAUAGCACGCACCAUGUUCACCAAAUGCACCGGGUUCACUAUGUUCACCACUAUAGUACUAGCCAAGAAGCACUAACGCACAGGUGCUAAUCGUAUAUUACUGCGUGUUUGUGUUCUUGUAUGUGUAAGCACGGUAUUCGCAACGUGCCAAUAACCGUUAUCAAAAGUGCAUAAACGUGCAAGAUCGCACAGUAUGACUAAUCUAGUCUCUUUUGAGCACCUGCAGUAACUCCAAACACGCCAGCGAGGCGGAGAUCGCAAGACAGCGAUCAGGAGGAGCAGCAGAGCACCUACUACAGCGACGACGAAGAAGGCGCCGCAUCGCACCAGCACCAGGAGAGGGCGACCGCGUCGGGCGGCUCGUUUGCGUGGAGGGCGCGGCGCGACCUUCCCACCCCUGAGGCACUGUACGUGCCACGGCCGCAAUCGCCGGCUAGCAAUCGGCCACCCAUCGAUUGGGAGGCCCUGCGGCCAGCCCGGAGCGACGGGGAGAUCGCAACGCCCGGCGCUUCCCGCUACCCGACCGGAGGGCCCCCACCCCCAACGCCGCGCCUGAUCUACCCAGGACUCGCCUCGACAGUGGGUAGGCAGACGAGCUACGACAGCUGGGCGGCGUUUCGGGCGGAUGUCCGCACAUACCGGAUGAACAAUCCGGGAUGGACCGUCGUUCACCAUGACGACGACGACACGGCAAUCGCUGUCGUCCCCAUAGAACUGGCGCCGCUGCUGGGCGUAUCCAUGGUGAACCAGCAUCGGCCAGGGCACCCAAUUGUGCCCGACGACAGCGAGGACGAGUGGGACGAGGACGAAGACGACGAGGAGAUGGCGAUAUUCUAUCGGUGGGACUAGAUGAGGACGACGAGGGAGGACCAGCACGACGGAGGACGACGAGGGCGAGGGAGGACGAGGACGACAGCAGGAGCGGAGGACGACAACGGAGGACGACUAAGGCGCCAGCCGGAUUUCUUUUGAAUAGCUAGAAUAAAUAAAAUAAAAAGUAAAAUACUUGAUAUAUAUAUGUAAACAUAAACAAAA